AUGGGGCAGCCGGUGCCUCCAACUCUCUUCCUUUUGCUGGUGGGGCUUCUGAGAGAGUCUCUGGGAGGAUUUCCAAACACCAUCAGUAUAGGAGGGCUGUUCAUGAGAAACACAGUCCAGGAGCACAGUGCAUUCCGAUUUGCUGUACAGUUAUACAACACAAACCAAAAUUUCACAGAGAAACCUUUCCAUUUGAACUAUCAUGUUGACCAUCUGGAUUCCUCCAACAGCUUUUCAGUCACAAACGCAUUCUGUUCACAGUUCUCCAGAGGAGUUUAUGCCAUCUUUGGAUUCUAUGAUCAGAUGUCGAUGAACACCCUGACGUCAUUUUGUGGGGCACUGCACACAUCAUUCAUCACCCCCAGUUUCCCAACCGAUGCCGAUGUGCAGUUUGUCAUUCAAAUGCGGCCUGCUCUGAAAGGAGCCAUCUUGAGCCUUCUGACAUAUUACAACUGGGAAAAAUUUGUGUACCUCUAUGACACAGAAAGAGGAUUUGCCAUUCUCCAGGCAAUCAUGGAAGCAGCCGUGCAAAAUAACUGGCAAGUGACAGCUCGAUCUGUGGGAAGUAUAAAGGAUGUUCAAGAAUUUAAGGCAAUCAUUGAGGAAAUGGACAAACGGCAGGAGAAAAGAUACUUGAUUGACUGUGAAGUAGAAAGAAUAAACACCAUUUUGGAACAGGUUGUAACCCUGAGUAAACAUUCCAGAAGCUAUCACUACAUGCUUGCUAACUUGGGUUUUACAGACAUUUCGCUGGAAAGAGUGGUUCAAGGAGGCGCCAAUGUGACUGGAUUUCAGAUCAUUAAUAAUGAAAACCCCAUGGUCCAGCAGUUUAUGCAGCGCUGGGUUAGGCUGGAUGAAAGGGAAUUUCCAGAAGCCAAAAAUUCUCCAUUAAAGUAUACAUCUGCAUUGACCCACGAUGCCAUACUAGUCAUAGCAGAAGCGUUCCGGUACCUCCGAAGGCAGCGUGUCGAUGUCUCCCGGAGAGGAAGUGCUGGAGACUGCUUAGCGAACCCGGCUGUGCCUUGGAGCCAAGGAAUUGAUAUCGAGAGAGCACUGAAAAUGGUUCAAGUGCAAGGAAUGACUGGAAAUAUCCAAUUUGACACCUAUGGACGUAGAACUAAUUAUACAAUUGAUGUGUAUGAAAUGAGACCUGGUGGACCACGGAAGGCUGGCUACUGGAAUGAAUAUGAAAGAUUUGUGCCUGCAAUUGACCCAUCAGUCUCUAAUGACACCUCUUCUGUAGAGAAUAGAACCAUUGUCGUCACCACCAUCCUUGAAGCCCCUUACGUAAUGCGCAAGCAGACCCCUGACCAAAAAGAAGGAAAUGAAAAGUAUGAAGGUUAUUGUGUAGAUCUAGCUUAUGAAAUAGCAAAACAUGUUGGAAUAAAAUAUGAACUGUCCAUUGUUCCUGAUGGUAAAUAUGGAGCGAGGGAUCCUGACACCAAGAUGUGGAAUGGCAUGGUGGGUGAGCUGGUCUAUGGGAGAGCAGACAUCGCUGUGGCCCCACUUACCAUAACACUGGUCCGAGAAGAAGUCAUUGAUUUUUCCAAACCUUUCAUGAGUCUGGGCAUCUCGAUCAUGAUCAAGAAGCCUCAGAAAUCUAAGCCGGGUGUCUUCUCCUUUCUGGAUCCUUUGGCCUAUGAAAUAUGGAUGUGUAUAGUCUUUGCUUACAUUGGCGUCAGCGUGGUUCUUUUCCUAGUCAGUCGCUUCAGCCCUUACGAGUGGCAUUUGGAAGACAACCAAGAAGAGCCCCGAGACCCUCAGAACCCUCCUGACCCUCCAAAUGAAUUUGGAAUAUUUAACAGCCUUUGGUUUUCCCUGGGUGCCUUUAUGCAGCAAGGAUGCGAUAUUUCUCCAAGAUCUCUCUCAGGGCGAAUCGUUGGAGGCGUCUGGUGGUUCUUCACGCUCAUCAUUAUCUCUUCCUACACUGCCAACCUCGCUGCCUUCCUUACGGUGGAAAGGAUGGUGUCUCCCAUCGAAAGUGCUGAAGAUUUGGCUAAGCAGACCGAAAUAGCCUAUGGGACUUUGGAUUCAGGCUCAACCAAAGAAUUUUUUAGAAGAUCCAAAAUAGCUGUGUAUGAGAAAAUGUGGUCAUACAUGAAGUCGGCAGAGCCAUCGGUCUUUGCCAAAACGACAGCAGACGGAGUGGCCCGCGUGAGGAAAUCAAAGGGGAAGUUUGCCUUCCUGCUUGAAUCGACCAUGAAUGAGUACAUUGAACAACGAAAGCCCUGUGACACAAUGAAAGUUGGUGGGAACCUGGAUUCCAAAGGCUAUGGUGUAGCAACUCCCAAAGGCUCAUCAUUAAGAACUCCUGUAAACCUUGCAGUAUUGAAACUCAGUGAACAAGGCAUCUUAGACAAGCUGAAAAACAAAUGGUGGUACGAUAAGGGUGAAUGUGGAGCCAAGGACUCCGGAAGUAAGGACAAGACAAGUGCUCUGAGCCUGAGUAAUGUUGCUGGGGUUUUCUAUAUUCUUGUCGGAGGCCUCGGCCUUGCCAUGACGGUGGCUCUGAUAGAAUUCUGUUACAAGUCUCGGGCUGAGUCCAAACGAAUGAAAAUCACAAAGAACACACAAAACUUUAAGCCUGCGCCUGCACCCAAUACUCAGAAUUAUGCUACGUACAGAGAAGGCUACAACGUUUAUGGAACAGAAAGUGUUAAGAUCUAG